UAACGAUAAGUAUGGAGCCAAGAAUACAAGAAGAACUCGAUCAUAUAGAUCAGCUUAACAAAGAGAGGUACCUUACGAGGUCUGAGUUGAUCACAAAGAUUAAUUUCCCUGAGAACUCCCCCAACCUAGUGGUCAUCCAGUCUAAUGGCGAAGGAAUGGGCUUUUUAAAAGGAGAAGGAGUUUAUGACAGUAGGUACCUUGCUGGAAUACUCACUAAGGACAAGUUUGAUACUGUCCUCACUGAAGCCUCCCAACUAAUGGGUAAAGUAUACUCUAAAUAAAAGGAAAAUGGACAGUCAGGGAAUUCCUUUGUGGUAUAAGCUUACGUUAUUGCUAGCGAUGAUAAUUGCGAUCCCUUUCCUAAUUAUGGCUUACUAUCUUCCAGAAAAUGAUCUUUGGUAUAAAGUAUUCACAUUUGUACUGCUAGGUAUCUCUCUGACUUUAGUAUGCACUAUCAGCCUGAUCAAUUUCUUCAAGACCAUGGAUGAGUCAGCUUAUGAAGACCCCGGAGGCAACCUUAAUAGAAUGAUUCAGGAGAAAGUUGGAGCUUAUUUUAAGAAUUUAAAUGAAACUGAAUAUAAAGAAAAAGGAAUGGAAUGGUAUCUUGUACCUGGUCAUUACUGGCUCGAGUUAAGAAUCCAUAGAAGAAGAAACAACUUCGUCGACGAAGCUGAUCACAACCAAAUAGUAACCCAUCCACAAGAGACCGAACAUAACCUGAAUAAAACCCCAAAGAAAAGAGAAGAAUUCAAGACCGAAGAGCCUAUAGGUAGAAACAGUAGUGAUAUACAAAAUCUCGAUAAUUUGCCUGAUAAUUAAACCUUAGAUUCCCAAAACCCUCAUUAUCUCC